GCCCUGUAGCAAACUGCGCGCGAUGAGCUCACUAUGCCGCGCCCCCGCCCCCGCCCGGGCAGCAUGGUGACAUGAGGCGGGCGCGGGCGGGCUCCGCGCAGCGCUAGCGCUCGGCGGCCGCUCGGCGGGGAGUCCGCGCCGCCCCCGGCGCCGCGGGGCGGGAGCUCUGUGGGGCCGGUCGUGUUUACCGGGUGCUUUUUAACAUUUUUUAUUUUUUAAAUCUUUUUGCCUGCUUUUUUUUUGCCCCCGCCCUGUGCGCAGGUGGGUCGAUGAGCGGCGGCGCCGCGCAGCGCCGGGCCGGGCCCGGGGGAGCGGCCGCCAGCUCCGGCCCCGCCGCCGCCCCCGCCGCCUCCGCCGCCGCCGCGGGGGGCGGCCCCGCCCGGGCGCGGGGCGGGCGGCCGUGAGGCGGGCGAAGUUUGUGCGCGGCGCCGGGCCCCGGCGGGGCGCAGCGGGAGGCGAGGAGGCGGCCGCGGCCGCGGCCCCGGCGCGCCGGGGAGCUGCCCGCCGCCGCCGCCAGGGCAGCCCGGCGUUGGCCAUGAAGAGGAAACAGAAGCGGUUCCUGCAAAUGACGCUGCUGUUCACCGCGGCGCUGAUUUUCCUGCCCGACGUCGGCCUCUGGUCCCUGUACAAGGAUAAGCACCUGGAGAAGUCCGCGGAGCCCGGCGAGCAGCAGACACUUCCAUUGGGGAUGGGAGAUGGACAGCUCUUUACCUGGACAGAUGGCUUGAAAAGGAAGGACUGGCAUGAUUACGAAAGCAUUCAAAAAGAUGCUAUGCGUUCAGGGAAAGGUGAACACGGAAAGCCGUACCCGCUUACAGAGGAAGACCAUGAUGAUUCUGCUUACAGGGAAAAUGGCUUCAACAUAUUUGUUAGCAACAAUAUAGCACUGGAGCGAUCCCUGCCAGACAUCCGACAUCCGAACUGUAAGCACAAGGUCUACUUGGAAAAGCUACCAAAUACUAGCAUAAUUAUCCCAUUUCAUAAUGAAGGCUGGACUUCCCUCUUACGAACAAUACACAGUAUUAUCAACCGCACUCCGGACAGCCUGAUAGCAGAAAUCAUUCUUGUGGAUGACUUCAGUGACAGAGAACAUUUAAAAGAGAAGCUGGAGGAGUACAUGGUCCGUUUUGCCAAAGUGAGGAUUGUGCGUACCAAGAAACGAGAAGGGCUCAUUCGGACCAGACUGCUAGGAGCCUCGCUGGCUAGAGGAGAAGUCUUGACAUUUCUGGAUUCCCAUUGUGAAGUCAACGUGAAUUGGCUGCCUCCCUUGCUUAACCAGAUUGCACUAAACCACAAAACCAUCGUGUGUCCUAUGAUCGAUGUCAUUGACCACAAUCACUUUGGCUACGAGGCACAGGCGGGGGAUGCCAUGCGAGGAGCUUUUGACUGGGAAAUGUACUACAAAAGAAUACCGAUUCCACCAGAGCUCCAGAGAGCUGAUCCCAGCGACCCCUUUGAGUCUCCUGUUAUGGCUGGAGGACUCUUUGCUGUUAAUCGAAAGUGGUUUUGGGAGCUGGGAGGCUAUGAUCCAGGAUUAGAAAUAUGGGGAGGAGAGCAGUAUGAAAUCUCCUUUAAGGUGUGGAUGUGUGGAGGUGGCAUGUUUGAUGUUCCAUGUUCUAGAGUUGGGCAUAUCUACAGGAAGUAUGUCCCUUAUAAAGUUCCCUCUGGAACCAGCCUAGCACGAAACCUGAAGCGUGUGGCAGAGACAUGGAUGGAUGAGUUUGCAGAAUACAUUUACCAGCGACGGCCUGAGUACAGGCAUCUCUCAACUGGUGAUAUCUCUGCCCAGAAGGAACUUCGCAAGCACCUUAAAUGCAAAGAUUUCAAGUGGUUCAUGGCUGCGGUGGCUUGGGAUGUCCCCAAAUAUUACCCUCCUGUGGAGCCUCCACCUGCUGCCUGGGGGGAGAUUCGAAACGUGGCAGCCAAUCUCUGUGUGGACAGUAAACAUGGAGCCACAGGGACUGAGCUGAGGCUAGACAUUUGUGUGAAGGAUGGCUCAGAACGGACAUGGUCACAUGAACAGCUCUUCACCUUUGGUUGGAGAGAGGACAUCCGCCCCGGGGAACCACUUCACACCAGGAAGUUCUGCUUCGAUGCCAUUUCGCACAGUAGCCCUGUCACACUGUAUGACUGUCACGGGAUGAAGGGAAACCAGCACUGGAGCUAUAGGAAGGACAAAACUUUGUUCCAUCCGGUAAGCAACAGCUGCAUAGAUUGCAACCCAGCUGAGAAGAAGAUUUUCAUGAACAGAUGUGAUCCUUUAUCUGAAACUCAACAGUGGAUGUUUGAACAUAUUAAUAUGACUGUUUUAGAAAAAUUUAACAGCAAGGCCAGUUCCUAGAUAAAAAACAAACAAAAUGAAAAAGCCAGUUACAUACAGACUGCAGACUACAUUUUUGCCAGCAUCUGGGUCAAAGGAGUCAGGAAUUAAAUUUCCUAGAUCCAGAAAAUCUGUUCUGAGGAUUAAGAAAAUGCCACAGCAAAAGCCAACAGGCUGUCCUUGUGGAUGUACAGUAUCUGAAGAACUUGGCUAAGAGCCUCACCGGAUGCUGCUGAGAACUUCAGGCUGAAAAUUCCCUUGCUGGUCGAGGGAAAACUUUGUUUAAAAACUGUUUAAAAGUACUCCAAGUUAAUAAAGUAAAGCAAAACUCUAGAGUUUCUCAGGUCAAAUCCUGCUGUAGUGAGUAGCUCAGAACAGACAUUAUGAUUUGGGAUGGGUAUAUGGUGUGCAUGACUGCUACAGGAACCUGAAGAAAUCCCAGGUUUUAGAACUAAACAUGCUGGUGGAAGAAUAAUGAUGUCCCAGCACUCCCCAGACAAGAUAUAUGCUCUGUUGACAUUCUCUUAAUAAAAGGUUGGGUUAAGCAGGUUUAACCCUCAGAACUGCUGCAAUUAAUUUUAAAUACCUCCCUUUUACAUUCCAUGCAUUACCAAAAUAGGAAUGGUAGAAGUCUUAGGGUCUAGAAUUACACUGUAGUGAAGCAUGACAUAAACUGUAAAGUUUUGACCUCCCAUUUCUCCUCUUCAGUCGGGAAAAAAAGUAAAGCAAUCAAAUUGCUGUACGUGAUGCAUUUAUCAAAAAUGAUUCAAAUCCCACCAUCACACAAGGUGAGAUUUUUUCAGUGACAAAUAUAACAUCAGCAAAAUGAAAGGUUCGUGGACUAGCUAUCUUUUCUAAAGGUAGGAUCUUUACCAAAAUUUAGAUUGAAUUGAACAUAGUCUGAAGAAAAACCAUCAUGAGACUAAGAAAAUAAUUCUAUACUGCAUGUUGAACUAGGUUAGUCAAAUUAACAUUGGUACUCUGCCAUCAGCUAAAAAAGUGUUGACUCCUGCAGUGCAGUUUAAAAGAUCUUGCAGAGAUCAUAUGGUAUUUUUGACAGCCAGCAGUGGAGGGAAAAUUUACAUGAAACUAGUUGGGGGGUCUCAGAGCUGUUGAUGAAAUACAUAAUAGAAAUCACAUGAACUUCCAGAGUUAUUGAGCUAAUGGCAUUGUAAAUUCCAUGGUGCAGGAAAAGAGAUGUGCAAACAAGUUAAAUGUUACAACAUUUUGGCCCUUUAGGCAUACACACAAUUCAGGUUAAGACAGAACUCAGUCACACAAAUGACUGUUGUGGCACAUGGUGUCCCUCAGAUCCAUCAUGUUACUGGCAUGAGAGGAAGGAAGGUCAUGUGUGGUCUAAAACUUAUUUGAGAGGCCUGUGGUUCUUUCUCACCAGAAAUUCUUUAAUACUGAUGUAUGGAACAUAAUUGACAGGUUUGGAAUUUUUCAAGUCGAGAGCACAUAUAAAUUUAUAUCUUAUAAGUAUGUGGCCUGCUUUUACUUGAAACAGGAACUCAGAGAUUAAAGCACCAUAAAUGCAGAGAGAUCACAUCCUGUAAGAGAGGGCUAGAACAAUGUUUUCAGGUUUCAAAAAUAUCGCAGGUAAUUAACUCGUUUAUUCUGAUUGCUGUGGAGGUGGCUCACCAAUCAAAACACUGAUGUGUAAACUACCCUGUUUGGAGAGAGUAGGGUGACUGUUUUGUUUAUUGCUCCUUAAGCCGUGUUUAUGCGCAAAGAGCAUCUAUUGCCUCUAGAGGAUGGUUCUAGUACCAAUAACCAUGUGCUGCUUUAUGGCAGCACCUUGUAGUUGCAGAUUAAGACCCUAAAUUGUAUGUCAAAGGAACUUUUUAGGAGAUGAAUGAGAUCUUGAAGGAUUCAGGAUGCAUGCACUUGGAAAACUGUGAAAUGCAUCCAUACAUUGAGCAGUUGUUGCAAGUUAGUGAAGAGAUAUUUCAAAUAAUCAAAAAGAAAUAUGUCUAUAGAAUUAGACUGCUCAUUUUAUGAUUUUAAAAUAAAUCAAUUUUUUUUAGGUAUUGUUUAAAUGAAGGUAUAGUGCACUGAAGGAUGGAAGCAGUAAGGCUAUUGUAUAGGGAUAUUUCAGAUUUAUUUAGCUAUCAGUACAGAGAACCAGACUGGGUACUGCAGACUGUCUGCCUUCCCAGGUGCAGUGCUUGUAGCAUCGUUUAUGUGCAGCCUGAAUAUGAGGAAAGAGGAUCUGGAAAAAGAAGAAAAUGGGUGCCUGAAAUGUAAAUGAAAUCCUCAAGCUGCAGAUUGAGACUGGCCCCAAACUGUCAAAGUCCUGGAAGAAACACUACAUGCCUGAAAUUUGCUGAGAGGCAAAGAGAACUGCUAAACCAGCUAAGUAAUUUAUAUUGUGCACAGAUUCGUAGGGUUAUAUCAUUCAAUGUCUGACUGCAUCUUAGUGGUCUGAUUUUGAAUUGUCUAAUGGGAUUAGAUGCUGUUGGGGCAAGGAUAUUAUAAGCCUUUUACAGCCCUUGUUGAGUAAUUUUGCACAAAAUCUUGCACUGCCAGAGGAAACCUUCCCAUUACUCAUACCUGGACACUAAUUGUAAGCUCCAGCAGUCUGUAUAAAUUCUGUUAUUUAUCACAAAACAAUCCACAGUACUGAUAUUCAGAUCUUUUGAAAACAUGUGUUCUGAAUAAUGUUGUUUGCAGUUUUUAUAGGCAAAAUAUAGGGAAGAUAUUAAAGCCGGUUGUGUGUCAACAGUGAGCAACUUUUGAUCAAUCUGGAAAUAUAAAGCUUGAAUGAAGAGCUAGAUCUUGAGAAAAAUUUAAUAAGAACUUGCCACAGUAGAAAUACACACACACAGACAUAUAUAUAUAUAUAUCUUCUUCCACUGAUCAUAUAUGUGUGUCAUGUACAUAUAUAUAUAUAUAUAUAUAUACACAUAUAUAUAUAUGAUCAGUGAAAGAAGAUAGAUGCAGAAGAGAGGCUUGUUUUCACUUCGUGGGCUGAUAUUCCAAGUAUUUAGUAUCACUAGAACUACACAGAAAAAAUAACAUUAUCCAGAUAGGACUCAUUAGCCUAAAAGUGAAGACCAUUAUCUCACUAUUUUCAGCUUAAGCAAAUUUCUCCUUUUUAAAAAGUGAGACAGAAAUUCUAGCAUGGAGCUUCACCACAGGCAACUAUAAUCCUCCUACUAUAGGUAGAAUGUAGCCUAGGGACAAAGAUCUCAAAAUGGUUAUGACUUGCUACGCACAGGACUCCUUCAAGAGAAAGUUUUAUUAAAUUCUGUCUUGGGUAUUCUCUAGAGCUUCCCACUGAUAACAGCAUUUCAUGACUAAUGUAACAUUCAGAAUUUCUGUAAGGCUUCCUACAACUGUAUCUUUCCCACCCAGAAAACAUCUGCGCAACUCAAAAGGUAGGAUAGAUGGAUAAUUCUCCUCUCAUAUUUAACCAGGAGAAUUUAGCUUCAACACGCAUUUUUCUAAAAGGGCAGACUAUAUCUUCAUAGAAAACUUUUCAAAAUACCAGAUAGUUCUGAAUAUGCAUUGAAUCUAGUCCUCAGGUAGCAUAAACUGAUGCAAACUGUAAUUUCAGUGGAGCUAUAACAAGCAGUCCCAGCUGAUCGACUUUCCUCUGUCUUUCAGUAAAUUAUUUUACAGCUGAGAAGGCUUUAAUCCAUGUGCCUGUAAACAAGAUCUUUAUAUCUUAAUUAAGAGUUCAUCAGCACCUACCCUUAACUUUUUUUGAUUUAAGGUUAUCUGACUCUUUUUGCAGUCUGCAAGCUAAUACUAUGGGAGAUCACAACUGCAAAACCUGAAAUAAACACCAAGUACAACUAAAACUCUAAAGUCACAUAUAUUUACCUGCAAAUAUUGCAAAAACUAAACUAAAGAGAAGCUUUAGGGCCAGGGAGUUGUACGAGAGAGGAUAAGCUGGGAAAAAAAGCAUUUCAGAGAGACAUGUGGGAGAGCAGUUGUGUUGCAGUCAUGGCAAGAAUUUGCUUUUCGUUAGCCAUGAUCUUAUUUCAGAAAAAUGAGAUUGUUUCAGAGCAAAUGUUUCUGUAACAUCAUGGAUAUCCUAGUGAUAUAAUGCAUACUUCUUAUUUGAUUGUUAUCAGUUUAUGGAUAAAUGGUCUGUAGCUGCUGAACUAGGUCUUCUUCAUGAUAAAGAUAGAGUAAGCUUGCAAGGAAGCUGACAAGCGCUUAACAGCCUUUGAUUACUGGCAAUUUACCAGGCAUCAAUGUCUCAAGUGACCUCAGUGAAAUUGGAUGCCACAGAGGACCAUAAAAGAAAGGUAUAUAAAUAGCUUAACCAAAUUUAUUUGAUGUGUAGAACCUCUUUAAGAGCACACAGCUGUCGCCUUUGUAAAAAAAGAAAAAACAAGUCACCAUAAUCAGGGUUACUUUGCAUUUUUACUGAUAACUUCUGCAAGGGACUGACAGAGUGAUGCCGUUUCAACCUGUCCAAGCCAAUCGGGAAGGAAGCACUUCAGGAAGGCAAUGCGGGGAGGCUUUCAGUGCGGCUGCCACAAGGGGCGUAUCCAUUUUCUGUGUGAACAACAUCAAUCUUUAAUGCUGUGAGCCUGACAUUUUUAAAGAGAACAGAGGACAUGCAUUAAAAAAGAACAUGAGGAUGGAAAUAUUUUCUGAAUCUCUCAAGGUGAUUAGGCAGACCAUUUCAAACCCUUGAAAACAAAAGGCUGAUCAGAAGUAACCCUUUCGUAGCUGUUUUUAGGCAUAUAAAUUUAGUUCAUGAAUUUGUUUAACUUGCUUCCAAGUCUGUUGCAUAUAUCCUCUUACAAAGAGCACAAGGAUCCCAGAAUGUUUUUUUAUAAUAUUUUGAGGAUGUUACCCCAUCUGAAAGGAGGUUUUGAAAGAAUUUUUGAAGACUAUAUCAGCUAUAAGCCAAAAGGUAAUGAAGCAGAAUCAGGAGAAAUACCAGGUUAUUAUGUUCUGUGUGUUAACAGAUUUUGCUAGACUUCUCAUUCAAAAAUAGUGGCCAUUGCCUGGAAAAUUUUAGAUAAUUAAGUAAGAUAGCUUGGACAAUCUCUAGUCUGUAGUGCUUUCUAUUUCUAGUCUAAAACAAAUUCAGAUUUUACUGAAUCAGUAGUUAGUUGCUGACAGGUUUUUUUUAACCUUGUGUAAUACAUAAAUAUGUCACAAGGUCUACUGUAAUCCGGCAUUUCUGUGUUAUAAUUCUGAGUGCACUGGACUGAAGACAAUCUAAGCAGAGAAAAACCUCUUAAAGCUAUCUAACAAAUGCAGGUAAAGACAAACAAACAGUGACAAAGUUUAGCUAGAGGUAAACUGAAAGAUAUUUCACAUUUCCAAAACUUAAGCAUCAUUCAGAAGACUAUGCUUGCUCUGUGUGAUGGCCCUAUUUCCUUUCAGUCAUUAUUUCAUCAGUUUCAUUAAUACCAGUGAUAUUACCCACUGAAGUAGGACUUUUGAGAAUAACAUGCUGCCAUUUGGCAUAACAAUUGGUGGACAGCGUGAUGCUAGAGGAAAAAAUUACUUCCUGGGAACACUUGCUCAGAAAUGCGCAUUCAAACUUUGCACUCUGGUGUGCCCCAGAAUCUUAGAUAUUUAUAAGGUUCCCAUCUUCUCAGCGUUUUUGCCUGUUUCCCAGGACCUGGUCGUAUGAUAGGUGCUUCAUUGUUCUUUAUGAAAAUAAUGCAGACAGUAGAGGAAUAAAGACAACAUGGGUUAAAACAGUAAGAAUAUGUGGUUACCUACUGAGGCCAUGUCCACAGCACAGUCGAACAGGUUUAUUGUACACAAAGAUCUCUUUCUUUUGUGUGGCCAUUGUGGCGGAAGCACAGCCAUAUGAAUGAGAAGGAGCCUAGGAAACUGGGCCAGCAGGAAAGCCCUUAUGCAGAGAAGAGCCAGGACAAGUCACAGUGACCUUUCUUGAGAGGCAGAAGAAUAGGGUAUUGAGGCUGACAUCGUGGACAGCGUAGGUGAUGUGAAGAGAGCUGCAAUGAGACAGGUCUGGUAAGUUGUACUAUCUAAAAGACAUUAGUAUUGGGAAAAGAAAACUUGGUCCUCAUUAACCUUCAUCCUCAUUAACCUUAGCACAGUUCCUAACCCUUUGCCAAAGUGUUAGUUGAUUUAAUUAAGUUAAUCCUUCACCUCUCCCAGUAAAUGACUCCAAGCUUGAAGGAAUUGCAGCCCAGGCAAAUUUCUGCUGGUCAGCUUGGAGCACCUAGCUGGCUCUGCUAGGCACAGUUUAGUCAAAAACCUCAAAUGGCACCAAAGCCAGAACAAUAUUAUCAGCCUGAAAGAUCUGUAGGCCCCUUACCAUCUCUCUGUGAAAAAAGGUUUCAUUAGCCUAAAGGAGUGAUUGAUAGUAAUGAUCCUAGAUUAAGAAGAUCAGGAGUCAUGAGCCUGCAGUGAGGUGAAAGGCCAAAUGGUGUGAUUCUGACAUGGCAGUUUAAUUGAAAAAGGAAGGAGGAAAUAGGUGAUAAAAUGGAAGAAGCAGGAGUUGGGCAUAUUUCUAGAUAUGAAGGAAGCAUGACCUACAAAGGUCAACUGCCGAUAAUUUUGGAUACCUCUUCACAUCAAUGCUUGCAUGUUCGUUCCAUCACAAACGUGCAGGAAUUGAGAAGCAGUCACACACACACACACUCCUUGGACUUAAAUUUAGAAUAAAGAGAAGUGCCUGAUCGAAACAUACUGCUGGUGAGAGCAAAGCUUUGUUGGACACCAAGCCAGCGCUGAGCCCCCCACCAGAGGUAGGUAUGUUACUGAGGGCGCUCUGCCUAGAAGCAGAACAUUACGGUCACUGUCUCUCCUCAGAUUAAGAUUCCCCUGCAUCUCAGGCUUUUUUGUAAGAGGAAAAGUAGUUAGCUUAGUUUUCCAAGAAAUGACAAUCCAGACCAAUACAAAGUAGUUCUGCCUACUCCCUACGUGGAAACUGAAUAACUCUCUUCAGACAUCACAUAUAGCUCCUAAAAAAAAAAAAAAAAAAGGAAAAAAGAAAAGUGGCUCUGCUUUCAUGACUCCUUGCAGCACUUACUCUCCAUCCACUUUAGUUAUUUGCUUUAUUCUUUACCUCUUGGGCUCUUUUCCUUCUUCUGGCUCCCAAUCUGCAGGGUUCUGCCAGAACAACAAUCCUCUUUCUUCCCUCCUUUCUGGUUUAGUGAAGUGUUUCUGCUGUUGCAGAUCCCUUCCCUGAGAUAACAGUGACUAAAGCUGCUUUGAUCUGGAGCUGACAGAUCCAGGAGUCCCUCUGCCUCUGGGGCUCAGCUCGUUGCAGCUCGCAGUGCGCUGCACAGCGGGUGGUGGAGGAGAGCAGCACAUAGGGAGAAGGGAGAGGGCCCAUCCAUACAGGUCAGUCUCACUACAGAUUUUGUCCAUGGUAGAGAUACAGUGCAUAACACAGACAGACAGCCAUCCAUAUGGCUUCUUUCCAGGCGAAAAGCCCAUUGGUCAUCUAUUUCGUCACCCAGCUUCAAAAUUCAGUUCUAGCCAGAAAGGGGAUUAGGUAAGAACAGAAGCAUCUUAUUCUGUAGGUAUGCUUCUUACGCAUGUUUAGAAGCAGCAGAACUGAAGCUUGAUAAGCAGGUUUUAACUUCUGGUUAUUCUUAUCAAAAUAAUGUGGAGACAAGAACCUGAGUUAGAAUAAUGUUAAAUUAAAAUGCAGUUGUAUAAGCCACCAAAGGGUUAUAUCAUCUUUAAUUGCAGACUUUAUUUCAAAACUAAAAUUGAUAAGUAAUCUCUGAUGAAUGCAUGAUAUAGGUUUUCCUCUGGUCAAGCUGCAGAGAGUAUGAGGGGCUAUUUUUUAACAGAAUCCCCAAAAGAGAGAUAUUGUUGAAUGUGAAGCAGCUUUUGCUUUUAGCUGUAGAGGUCCUCAGUUUACUCCACGGUGUAUCAGCAAAGAUAACAUAUAUAAAAAAAAACUCCCCACGAUUCUUGUCAUCAAAGCUGCAUUUGCAGACAGCGGCAAAACAUGAUCUUUUCUUCUUUAUUAGCCCAGAAUACCUUCAUUUAUUUCCGAUUUGCUUUUAUGCAUCUCCAGUGUCAUUUAUUUCUAACUGGAACACAUGAAUAGGCGCUGUACCUUGUCCCUCCACUAAACAAGAAGUCAGAGUCACUAAGAAGUCCGAGUGCCAGUGUGAAGUCUGUAUAGAUGUGUUGUUAAAAGGACUGUCAGCCAAGGAAGAAGGUUUCCUUAUAGAAGCAGAAGAAGCCUCUCUAAAAUUCAGUUUCCUUUAUUCCAGUUAUAUCAGCCUCCAAAUCACAGCCAGUGCUCUACAACAUAUCAUGGUAAUCCUUACACCUGGAAGGAUAAUGAUGUUUAAUUAGGGCUCUGCUGGAAUUUUUCUGUACGAUUCUCUGCACCUUAUCUGUAUAAAACUACUUUGGCGGGGGGGAGGUCUUCAUCCACGGCUGCUGUCCCUGCAAAGGCACAUUUCCUUUCAACUUUCACCUCACUUGUUGUUCUGCACCUGAAACCCUGUAGGCCAAAGUAGCUCGGUACUGACCAACUGUCCAGAUGAUCUGGUCCAUCGCACAUCUCCCUCUUAACUCUUCACAGCAGUACGGCCCUCAAAAACACACGAAGAGUUACCAAGUAUUAGGUGACAAAAUAGAAAUUUGCAGUCCCUUCUGAGCCUCUGAGAUGUUUCUAUUUACUAAGUAGCCUUCUGAUGGUCAGAGUGAUUUCCAGGCAUCUCUGUGAACAAACACCUUUUCCUGCAGGUAUCCUGCAAAAUAUCCAUUUCUCUCAUUUUUCUGAGAGUCUGGAAUACAGCCUUCACUUGCUGUUAAACAACAUUCAGGACAAAACAGUUUCUGCAGAUUCAACGAAUGUUUUUUAAAGGGCCAAGAAGGAUGGCUGGGGACAACUUUGUGUAAUCCCCAUCCAGUGUGCUUGUAGGCAAUGUAGCCAGUGAUGAUCUGGGCUGUUAGAUGGCUAAUAGAGUUCGAUCAACAGGUAAGAUAGAGUUGUCUAAUUUUCUGGGAAUUAAGACAAAAUUCUUCUAUUAUAUGUUAUUUAGGAACUAGAGCUCUCUGAAAAAAAUGGGAGAAUAUUUUCAGGUGUGUGCAUUUGAAGUAUUAUACAAUAGACUAUAAUUAGUAACAUAUACAUUAUAAUAAGUAAAACAAAAACAUACACUUCUGUGCUGACUAGUCUAAGAUAGUUGGCUUAGGUGUUAUUAAACAACAGCUGUAGAAGUCUUGACCAACUUACUGAUGCAUUAAAAUGUUUUAGUGACAUGCUUAAAGGAUUUGCAGAGAGCACAUGCCUGUAAAUUACUAGACUGUAAUUAAGGACCUGAAUUAUGGAAUAAAAAUUGUACACCUGUCCUAUUUUAUAUUUGGAUGUAUUAAGUUAUGGAACACAAAGUAAAAGAUUGUUAAAGUACAGUUUCAAAAAUUACAGUGAUCUGAAUGAAUAAAUACCUCUUGGAAAUUACAA